AUGGCGACGCUCGAAGACCGGCCAUUCUCAAAGGACUACAGUGGUCUCGAGAACCAGUCGGUCAUCGCCGGCGGUCUCGUCGUAUUCUGCCUGAUCGCGUCGGCCAUAAUGAAACGGAAGAGACGGGCUGGUGCUCGCUAUGCACAAGGUCUGGGUAGCGUCGAGUCUUGGGAGUUUGGAUAUUUGUUUCAGGGCCGUUCGUGGGCGCGACUUGCAUCCCCACCGUUGCCGCUCAAGUACCCGUUCCAGUGGGCGAAACAGGCAAUAAUGCUCAACGAACCCGAGCUACUGGAACUUCGCGGACUUGACGCCACUCUCUACAUGCGAUGGAUGCGAGGAUGCACUUGGUUCGCAUGCCUCCAUACGUUCACGACAUUUCCUAUCUUGCUGCCCAUUCACGUUCACUUCGCGGGCCCGGAAGUCUCCAUCGAGUCCAUGACACGCGCUUCCAUAUCUUCUCUCGUCGAAACCGCCAAAGGCAGAUCCUUACUUUGGGUUCACCUCGUCCUUCUCUUCUGGGUCACCGGAACGUGGAUCGCAACACUUGUCUGGAUAUGCAAGGGAAUGUUCCGCUAUCGCAAGACACUCAUCAAGCGCACCGCAAAACGUCUAGCCGAGGAGUCGCAGGUGGAACGCGAGGCGCAGUACCAUCCACACCCGCAUCCACAAUAUGUCUUCAGCGCCCUACCCUCUCUCGAUCGGGAUGACUCCACGCGCGGUAUACGCCUACGCUCCAUCAUGGUCACCAACAUCCCUCUCUCACUUCGUACCGAGAAAGAGCUGAAGGACUACUUCACCUACUACUUGACAAAACCGGUGCCCAAGCCGCUUCCACUCACCACUCGCGGCCGGCCUGGUAUGACCAACCGAAUCUACCGCUUCAUCUUCAACCACGCUUCAACGCGAGUACAGGCGACUUUGGGACAGCCCACCGUCCCAGAGCAUCCCGACGGCCACCAUUCGCGCGACAACUCGUCUGCCGAGGGACCGGUAGAAGGGCAGGAGCUUGGUCCAGAUGCACCUGCCAUCGAGCGCGUGGUUAUUGUCCGCAAGAUGACGGAGCUGGCAUCGCUCCUCGAGCGCCGCGAGAUCGUGCUCCGCAAACUUGAGACCGCACAUCUGGUACUGGCGCAACGCGUGCUCUGUGCCGUUCGCGAUGAGAUCUUGCGGCGCGAGGAUCGAACGACGUUCGCACUGCGCGUGGCGGACCGGGUAGCAGACGCCAUGCCGGAGAACAUGAAGGCAGAGCAAUGCAGCGACAACGACAUGGAUGUGCUUAUCCGCGAGCUACGCCCCUUCGUUGAGGACUUCGGUCUGCUCGAGAACGUCUCGCCUUCUACGCCUGGUGAGCGAAGUCAACAGAAGUGGGGCUUCCUUGGGAACUGGCGCCAGUGGAAGCAGCAGAAACGACCUUGGACGAACUUGCCGGAGAUCAAGGGCCCGCAGCGUACGAUCUGGGACGCCUUGCUAGGACUCCCGCGUGGAACGCUCGACGCAUACCAGCCUCUUACCCACCUGAACAAUCUAUUCCGAGAUAAGGCUGUCCCUGCUAUCGACUACUACACCGCGAAGCUCGGGCUUCUCACAGAGCUUAUUGCCGAGAACCGUGCGAAGCCGGCACACGAAUACGACCCCGUCAGCACGGCAUUCGUCACGUUCAAGGACCCCGCCGACGCGCUCAAAGCAUGCCAAGUCCUCGCCGUGCAUCCUACCAACCUGCUCAACUGUGUUGUGACGAUGGCGCCCUGCUACGAAGACCUCGAUUGGGUGCGGCUGAUGAAGUCAGCCUACCGCGGCGAGUUCGUCAAGGAUUGGGUCGUCAACAUCGGUGUAUGGGCCUUCACGAUCUUCUGGCUCUUCCCGCUCUCCCUCUUCGUCGGUCUGGUCUCUAUCCAAAACAUCUCGGCUUAUCUCCCGGCGCUCGCAAAAUACCUCAACGGCCAUCCCUGGGAAGAAGACGUGAUCCAAUCAUUCGUCCCCACGCUCAUCGUCGCACUCCUCACGCUUCUCAUCCCGAUUCUGCUGCUGCUCAUCGCGAAGAAGGCUCAUACUAUCCUCACGCUUUCGAGCUUGCAUGACCGCAUCAUGACACGAUACUACAAGUUCCUCAUCGUCAACAUCUUGGUGUUCUUCUGCGUUGGCACCGCUGCUCUGCAAUCCGUUCUGCUCAGUCUCUCUGCGCCUCAAGAUACGACCACGGAUCUCCUCGAAAUCGUUGCUACAAGUUUUCCUUCCGCUGGACCGUUUUACGUUGGCUGGUUGAUCUUCACGACUGGUAUCCACUCCGGUUUAGAGACUGGUUUAUUCGGGCUACCCCUCAUCACGUAUCUAUUCACUCGCAAAGCCGUGACUCCUCGCAAACGCGCUGUGGGCAUCCGACCUCGCACACUCAACUACUACUAUUGGCUACCCAAUCACCUUCUCGUCUUUCACGUCCUCGCAUUAUUCUCCAUUCUCAACCCACUCGUGAUACCCUUUGCAUGGAUAUACUACAUGGUCGACAGCACCGUCAUCAAGAAUCAGCUCCUUCACGUCUACGCCAAGGUCUACGAGCAAAACGGCAAGGUCAUUCUGAUCCGCCUCGUCCGCUACUCGCUCGACGGCCUCAUCCUUCUCGACGUCGUCUUCGUCGCCUACAUGGCUGUACUCAAGAUCAAAGUCAAUGUCGCACUCGCCGCCGUGUUGAUCGCCGUCACAGUCUUCGUCAAGCUCACGUUCACCCGCGUCUUGCGGGCUCAGUUUGACCGGGAUGACCUCCUAGAAGCUGAGGUCUGUUGUGGGAUGCGCACCCUAGAGGAUCUCGAGGAUAGCCACGGACAUGGUGCUGCUGAGGCUGCUGAAGAUACCCAAAACAGCACCGAAAGCUCGCCAGAACCUCCAACCCGCUCUCGCUUGUGGCGUACAUGGAAGAACAUGACGUUCAACUAUGGCACCUCGCCCAAACCCGCGAAACGCGCAACCCGUCGCGCGCGGAAUCCGUUCAUCACCCGCCCUCAAGGCCCGCUAGCGCAAGAGGCGGAUGCGGGCAGCGAGCCGGCUUCACCAGUCGUACCGGGACCCAGCAGCAGUAGACCUUUCGAUGGCGCCGUUCCUGAAGAGAAACUGGCCGUCGGCGCUUUGCCUACCGAGCGCCGUGCUUCUCGUACGGACGAGUGGCGCAAAACGCAAGCGCCUGUAGCCAAGCAUCCGCUGGUCAAACGCAGCGCGCGUGCCCCGGAGAGGAGACGUUCUGUCAAGCCUGAGUUAGAACGGCGGCAGUCGAUCGCCCAGAGGAUGGAGAGUGAUGCGCCACUCGUAACCCCUCAUCCUCCACAUCCUCGCUGGGACGAUGAACCGGAUCCGGACAAGCCAUACGAGAACCCGUACUACAGUGCGCCGAUCGGAAGUUCGCUCUGGCUGCCGCGCAACCCGUGCGGUCUGCUCGACCUCGACGAUACAGUUGACGUACACCGCUCUCUCACAACUGUCGAAGCUGCUGGAGGUCUCGGGGAGUGGCACGCACCCGAGCGGCCUCCAGAGCUAAUCCUUUCCGUCGACUCCCUGCAUCCAUUCCCGCUCACAUCAUCGCCCGAGACCGAAGAACCGCCCAGCGCUGCCCUCUCCACACCACGCAGUGAUGCGCGCACUAUCUUGACCAGCGGCAGCGCCCGUAGUGGACACCUCACAUUGCCAUCACCGCUCCUUCUUCCACAAGGCCGCAGGCUGAGCGGGACCGAGACAAUCUCGCUACCUCCUCGGAUGAUGGCACGCGCGGAUAAUCCGGCCGAGUUCAGUGAUGAUCUUGCUCCGGACAUGGAACCGCGGCGCCGACCGUCGAUGUUCGAGUUUGGCGCGCGGAGGAGGCGGAGAUCGUCCGUCACGUCUGGGUCAUACUUCACCACGAUGUCGAGCGGGCUCAGAAGACCUACGACGCGGGAUGCGGAGCAUGGGCCCACGGCAAGUAACCUGUCGCUUGCGCUUCCGCGUCGCGGGUUGUCGCAGGAUCAACGGGCGCAGCUCGAAGAAGCUGCGGCGCGUGGCGUUCGACCGGAUGCUGGAGCCCAGGCAGCGCUCGCGCAACAAGCGACGCUGUCGCUCACGAGCCUCGGCGUGGCUCGACACCGGGCGGAAUCUACGUUCGUCAGUGCUCAAGAAGCCGUGCAGGCCGAGGUCGUUGUCGAGGAGCAGGAGGCCGCUGAUGCGAGGUUGCGGCAAGAGGCUGCGGAUGUUCUACAGGCGACUCGCCGGAGGGCAUGGUGGCAGCGCUGGGCCUUCGCAGAGACGCCCGAGCAACAAGAGCCGGAGGCUGGCGCUGGCACGGGAUAG